GCGUACAUUUUGAUUUCUGUGUGCGCUCUGGUUUUUUGGAUGGUUGUGUUAUUGAGUUUUUUUGAAUUUUUCAGCUUAAUUAGUUCAAGAAGCACUUUCUUUCUUUGACCCUGUGACAAUCAGUGUGGUAUUUUUUUUUUUAAUUGAUGGGACUCUUAAUCUUUUGGGAUUUGCUUUAUCUUUUCUAAUUGAAAUGAAGUUUUGGUUUCUAGGUUGAUAAUUUGAUUGUCCUGUGAUCAUAAUUUCGGUCGCAUUGUCUGCACCGAAUUGACCCUCGCCCGCUAUAAUUUUCUUGGGGUUUGGAGAUUAAAAUUUGUGAUUGUUUUUCACUGUUAAAGUUGCUACUUGGAUUAAUGGUGUAGAAGAAAUGGAAUUUGUUGGUGUUGGUGCUAGAUUUGGGCAAACUUUGGAAUCCAAAGAGAAACGCGCCAACCAAACCAAACUUGCCCUUGCUGACCCAGCUGAUUGUUGUAGUAAACCAAAGAAUAAACUCACCGGAGAGGUCAUCUUGGUAUAUCGUGGUAAUUGUAGCUUUACAACCAAGGCAAAUGUUGCCGAGGCUGCAGGUGCUUCAGCAAUCCUUAUCAUAAACAAUCAGACAGAACUCUUCAAGAUGGUUUGUGAAGCUAAUGAAACUGACGUACAAAUUGGUAUUCCUGCUGUCAUGCUCCCUAUAGACGCUGGUCAAAGCUUGGAGGCCAACAUAAGAAACAAGUCUCAUGUUUCUGUGCAAUUGUACUCGCCUCAGCGUACAGUGGUUGAUGUAGCUGAAGUGUUUUUAUGGCUUAUGGCUGUUGGGACCAUCUUAUGUGCAUCUUAUUGGUCUGCAUGGACUGCAAGGGAAGCAGCUAUUGAGUUGGACAAGCUAUUAAAGGAUGGAUCAGAUGAGUAUCUUGAUUCGCCAGACGGUAGUCCUAGAGGUGUAGUGGACAUUAGCACAACAUCUGCAAUUCUCUUUGUUCUGGUCGCAUCUUGUUUCUUGAUUAUGCUCUACAAGCUGAUGUCCUUCUGGUUCAUCGAGGUUCUCGUGGUUCUAUUUUGUAUUGGUGGCGUAGAGGGAUUGCAAACCUGUCUGGUUGCAUUGUUAUCAUGUUUCAGAUGGUUUGAACACGCUGCACAAGCUUAUGUGAAAGUGCCGUUUAUUGGAGCUGUCUCACAUCUGACACUCUUUGUUGCGCCGUUCUGCGUUGCAUUUGCUGUUCUUUGGGCAGUCUAUCGGCGUGUCUCCUUUGCCUGGAUAGGUCAAGAUAUCCUUGGCAUAACUUUAAUAAUCACUGUUCUUCAGAUUAUAAGAGUACCGAAUCUCAAGGUGGGAACGGUUCUGCUUGGUUGUGCGUUCUUGUACGACAUUUUUUGGGUGUUUGUGUCGAAGUGGUGGUUUCACGAGAGUGUAAUGAUAGUGGUUGCUCGUGGUGAUAGAAGUGGAGAGGAUGGUAUACCAAUGCUACUCAAAAUCCCUAGGUUGUUUGAUCCUUGGGGUGGCUACAGUAUUAUUGGAUUUGGUGACAUAAUCUUACCUGGAUUGCUUGUUGCAUUUUCGCUAAGGUAUGAUUGGCUGUCCAACAAGAAACUUAAAGAAGGAUACUUCCUGUGGGCAAUGAUUGCAUAUGGAUUAGGCCUCCUCAUUACGUAUGUUGCUCUGAACCUGAUGGAUGGACAUGGACAACCAGCUUUGCUUUACAUUGUCCCGUUCACCCUAGGAACUUUUAUAACACUAGGAAAGAAGAGAGGCGAUCUCAAGAAUUUAUGGACAAGAGGAGAGCCAGAGAGGCCUUGCCCACACAUCCAGCUUCAACAAACUCACGAUGAAUGA